AAUGGCGUUAUAUACCAGAUGAAAUCGACUUCCUCGAAAUUGCUUGUCUUAAAUUUGCAGCAGCAGGUUGACAACUGUAUUUGUGGCAGCGACACAAAUCAGCAAUGAAGUCGACUCUGGGUUUUGUUUUUUUCUGUUUUGUUCUGACAGCGUAUUACAUCUACAUUCCACUGCCACAUACUAUCUCAGAACCUUGGAAACUCAUGAUGCUGGAUGCGACAUUCCGAGGCGUGCAGCAUUUGGGUAACCUGGCACACAGUCUGGGGCUGAGCCACCACAUCAGGGUACUCAAUUUUGCGGUGACAUUUUUUGGAAUGCUCAGUCCCACGUCCAGUGAAGGGGUCAGAGUAACGGACACCGUGUUUGAUGGGGUGCAGGUCAGGGUGUUUGAAGCUACCAGGGGGAGCGACAGUGAAUUAAAGAGAAGUGUGGUUUACAUACACGGAGGAGGAUGGUCCCUGGGCAGCGCAAGGAUGCAGUCCUAUGAUUAUCUUUGCAGGAAAAUGGCAGAAGAUCUGAAUGCUGUUGUUGUUUCUGUUGAUUACAGAUUGGCACCAGAGGUGCAUUUCCCAGAGCAGUACAAUGAUGCUUAUCUUGGCACCAAACAUUUCCUCCUUCCAGAGGUGCUGGCUAAAUAUUCAGUGGACCCCAAUAGAGUGGCUGUGUCUGGAGACAGUGCAGGAGGGAACCUGGCAGCUGCUGUGUCUCAACAGCUUGCUCUGGACAGCAGUGUCACCAAUAAACCCAAGCUUCAGUCUUUAAUCUACCCGGUGCUCCAAGCCCUGGAUUUCAACACUCCCUCCUACCAGCAGAAUAGGGAUGUACCUAUCCUUUACCGUCCACUCAUGGUCAAAUUCUGGCUGGAAUACCUGAAUGGGGACCCAAGCUUUAUCCACUCAUUGUUGGUCAAUAACCACACCUCCUUGGACCUUAGUCAAGUUGCCACUAGCCGUGAAAAAGUCAACUGGACCUCGCUCCUGCCAUCCGCAUUAAAGAAGAAUUACAUGCCGGUAGUCCAGGCCACAGGAACCCCCAAGGUCAUCCAGGAGGUUCCUGCUCUGCUGGAUGUCCGAGCCGCACCCCUGAUUGCUGACGAGGACGUCCUUAAACUGCUGCCCCAGACGUACGUCCUGACUUGUGAACAUGACGUCUUGAGAGAUGACGGGAUCAUGUAUGCCAGGCGCCUAGAGCAAGCUGGAAUCCGCGUGACCCAUGACCAUUAUGAAGAUGGGUUUCACGGCUGCAUGAUAUUUGGACUAUGGCCCACCUACUUUUCCAUUGGCAUUCGGACCAUGCACAACUACAUCAAGUGGCUGGACCAAAAUCUGUAGAGCGGCUGACAUGAGUGGCUGGCUGGGAUUAAAAAACCUUUUACUGCAUCUGUUUCUGUGUUAAAGUGGAGUUAAAUUACUAAUCAAUGCAACAUCGCAAUGCAAAUAUGCUUUUUGUAGAUCAAAGUCUGGCAUAGAGCUGACUGUUCCAUUGCUUUGACUACCUCCAGUUACAGAUUUCUGCACAGCCAACAUUCCAUUACUGGCAUUGGUUCUGUUUCAAAUUAAACAAGUCGGCAAUUCUGAUCUCGUUGAUCAGAACAUUUCUACUUCUACAGCUAUGGCCAAAAGUUUCACAUCACCUAGAAUUUUAGGAUUUUGACAUUUAAUUUAAAUAUAUAUAUAUAAUAUAAUUUUAGAUAUUGUAUUUAACGUCAUGUAAUCAAAGAAACUACCAAAUGAUAUUGCAAAAGUCUACCGGCAGCCAUAAUAGUAGUAUAUAAUAGUAGUAUUUCAUGUUAGAUUUUGAAAUUUCACAUUUUUUUUAUUUGACAGUUUUUUCGUUCAGUACAGUCAACUUCGGUUAACUCGACAUCCCAGGGGAUGCCAUUUAGUGUUGACUUGUCCAAGGUGUUGAGUUAAUCACAGGUGCACAUGAGCCAUGGCAUUAACAUGCAUACAAGUAACAGAACUCACACAUUUACAGUAUUUACAAGUUUAUUUUGUUAAAUGUCCUUAUGAAAACGAUUGAAAACUGCAGUGAAUGAAUCAAUUACAGUAUACAGUACUGUACAAGCUCUGUACAACUCGUAUAGAUCGAUUGAAAUAAGAAUUAAUAAAAGAACUACAGCGUUAUUUUUACGAAAACAAUCCAACCACAAACUGGGCACAAACUGUUGACUGCACUUUUAGUUAUUGGCUUGUACUGUCUAAUUUGACGGCAUAUAGCAAAAGUUAGCAAAUGUACAGGUAGUGGACAAAAAAAAUGUAAAGUCACUUAAUAGGGCGUUGGGCCACUAUGGUAUCCCGCUCUGUGGAGUUCUCAGCAGACCGUUUUUGAUGAAACUGGCUGCUCGCGCCCCAGGUUGAAAUUUGCAGUCAAUUGAUCUGCAGUUGCUCGCCUGUUUUGCCUUGCACUUCGAAUUAAUGCACGGAUAUCACGAUCCUGGAGUAUGUAUUUCCGCCCACUGUUGCCCUUUGCUGAUGAUGUCUUUCCCUCAGAGUUCCAUGCCGACAUCACCUUAGACACCGUUGCUCGUGAAACAUCAGCAAGUUGAGCUGUCUUGGUCACUGAAGCUCCUGCCAAACGCGCCCCAACAAUCACCCCUCUUUCAAAGUCACUGAGGUCUCCUCUUGCAGCCAUGCUAGCCAUAAUUAUAGGCAACCAGGCCUGUCCAGCAUUUUUAUACAUGACCCUAAGCAUGCUGGGAUGUUAUUUGCUUAAUAAAAGCUUGAGCCACACCUGUGUGGAAGCCCUUGCUUUCAAUAUACUUGGUGUCCCUCAUUUACCCAGAUGUUUCCAUUUUUUUAUCCACUACAUGUACAUUAUACAGAAUUACCUUGUGAACAAAAACAGUAAUAAGCAACAGUUUCACACAGAAAUCAAGCAUUGUCGAUUGUUUCGCAUGGAACCCCCCCCCCCUUUGAAAGUUCUGCUGACAAGCUUGUUAUCCCGAAUAACCUGAGCCUCUUUCGCGUCUUACUCAUUGUGAAGUGAUACGGUAACCAGCUGCACUUGGCAGUUGCGAAUGAAUGAACGAUCCGUUUCAAGUCAGAGUUCAGUCACGUCAAAUGAGUGUGUCAUGUAGAGUUCAGUCAUGUGAAACGACAGUGUUGAGUUAUCCACUAGUCUUUUUUAAUAGUUUUUAUCCCUUCAAAACACACAGCAUGUAAUUCAAUUAUUCCGCAGGUUUCAUUUGACUUUAGCAAGCAAAAUUUUUGGCCAUAGCUGUACACUGAAUCAAGUGUAUACAUUUUUGGUUAAACUAUUACAUUCAGUGUGAAGAGCUAUCUAUUUUAACAUAGUUUUACCAUGUCUAGCUUAAAAUAUGCUUUUGUUUAUGGAUUGAUGUUGCCGAUCAAUAUUUAAGUCAACACUUUUUUUUUUUUGUUCUUCUACUCGCUUCAAUACAAUAUUUUAUUGAGAAUGCAAAAUGUCAAAUUCCUGUAUCAUGUUUCCUUUUGAACAUUGAAACAAAAAUUCCUAAAUAAAAAUUUGACCUAGACCUUUUGACCUAAUCAAACAAGCACCCAGUACAAUGGAAUACGAAUGGGGCAGUUUGUUUUAUUGGGUUAUAUAUAUAUAUAUAUAUUAUAUAAUAUAUACAUAAGUGUUGUUUAUGAAUAUAAAAAAUAAUUGUACAAUCCUGAAUACUAGAGCGCAUUAGCAUCCAUAACAUAUCUACUGAAAUAUUAUUGUGAGAAUUUAUAGUUAUAGUUUUUAUUUGUUUUGUUUUUGUUUUUUAAAGGAUGCAAUGCUGCUGUAUUCAGGAGGUGCAAUAGCUUUCUGUUUACAGCACAUUAUAAAUCAGCAGGCAAGACCAGUGUUGAGAACAUGUUGUGAAGUGGUAUAGCUUAUUUAUUCAGUUGAUUCCAUUGGAUAACUGGUUCUUCUCUCUCAUACUUUCAGUUUUGGGAUCUGUGUUUGCAUUACUGUGUGUUCAUGGAAUAGAUCCAUAAUGAGUAUUUCUGUACACCUUUAAGCACCAGACCCAAAGUAAGCAGUUCACUGUAGUACAGACAUGAAUGUUUAAUGGCUGUUUCAGAGGAUCUUUGGGCUUCUGAAUCGCUGGACACCUCAUUGUAUACUUGAUGUAUUCUGCCGAUUUUGCUGCGGCAUUAUGUACACAAUGUUCUGCUAAGUAAUACAUGUGUACUGUAUGUGCAAUAUAUGUGAGUGCAUGUUUUGUAUUACUUCAAUUGUCAAAGAAAUCCAUUGGUUUACAUUUUCAGCUUUAGAUAAUAAUUCAGCUGAAAAAAAACCCCAAGUAGGAAUUGUUACUGGAUCUUUUAUUUCAGUAUGUCAGACUGUUCAAUCAGACAGGCAGCACCCUAGGCGAUCCUGAUUUAGGCAAUCUUUCAGCUCAGUUUGUUCAUAGCUUCAAAUGAACUGCAGCACAGUGAGGGAGUCUAGGAAAGAUAAUUCCACUUGCAUGAUACUCGGUAUUGGUUAAGCCCAUAGACCGAUAUGACAUUUAUUUUACGUUCUGUUUUUGUUUUCUUAGUCAUCUUGCUGUUAUUUGGUCUUGAAAUAGUUUUUUUUUUAAAAAAAGCCCCACCUCAGAUUAAACUUUUAUUCAUGUACUCCAAAUCUACUGAUUUCAUUCUUUUCAGUUAGCAAUUGUGACCUAAGUGAAUUUGUGCAUAUUGUAAUGUACGUUUUGAGCAACCACUUCUAACUGGGGUUUAAUACUUUUAAAGUGUUCACUAUUUAAUGCACUACUGCAUUAGCAUCAUGGUCUAGAUGUACAAUGUAUGCAAAAUAAGUCAAUACUUCUAAAAUUGAGUGUGUUUUUAAUGUUUUCUUUUGUGGGGGUUUGUGUGUGUAUGUGACCAGCCUUGGCCGGGACGCUACACCACUAUAUAUAUAUAUAUAUAUAUAUAUAUAAUAUAAUAUACACAUAAAUGGUCAGGCUGAUUCCCUGUUAAUUUUGCUGUGUGCUGCAGAUAGUCAAUUUAUCAGAAUGUAUUCCUCUUUCGAUAAACACAUUUUACACUGGGGGAAAAAAAAGUGUAAACUGUGUUUCCUGUCUGACCUAUUGGACACCCUGUGCAUAUAUAAAUAAUAUUAGAAUAUGUCUUUUGUGGAGUAUUUUGUUUUGAGCAUUGAUUUACCUAUUUACUUCUCUGACACAUAUCUAAAGGUUUCCCUUUCUCUGAAUUAGUUUUUACGUGGCGUUUCCUGUGUGGUAAUCCCUCCAUUUAUAUUCUGUUUAUUUUGUUUUACUGUUGUGUAACUAGGUUGUGUGUAAAGUUGUACUUUUUUAUAUGUGUCUUCAAUUAAACCUUCUAAACUGUGAA